AGCAACGCUGUCAACAAAAGCAAUGGUCAAAUGAUCGACAUUUUAGUUUUAACAGCUCGUUCAUAAUCAUUCACAUCUCCUGGACUCUUUUUUUAAUUGCUGUUUGAAAAACAGACCAUUAACGUUACAAAUAUAAUUAAUGAACAUUCUCAUCAUGGAUAUAAAUCCUUUGGCAAAUCCUAAAGGGAGUAAAUUAGUCUGUGAAAUCUGCCAGUUGCCAGCCUUUGUGCAGUGUAAACACUGCAAACUCACAUAUUAUUGGUAAAAAAAAUAAUAGUGUUACAGCGUUUUCAACUAAAAGAAUUGAAAGAAUAGAGUGUGACAGUUAUUUUUUAAAAUAUUUUUUAUUGCUAAAAUAAAUAUUUAUAUUAUAAACCUAGCCUAAAUUAUGCAUGCCAUGGUUGGGGAUGUAGGCCUAAUGCUAUAAGUAUAAGGCUAUACUAUAUUAUAGCAAUCAUGAUCUUCAGAUCUAGAUAUUUAAUUUUUAUUGUGUUAUCUGUGCGUACAUUUAUACAAACAGACAGUAAUACUACUUUAGGGGGCAGUGUGUAUGUAUGCCACAAACCAAAGCUUAAGACAAGCCAGGGAAUUUGACUCAGGGUUUGAGUUUGGGUAAAACAAGAGCAUCGCAAACUGUUUCCCUUCCACAUCCUGCUAGCCAUAAGCAUAUUGGGAUACAAACUGUUUCCCUUCCACAUCCUGUUAGUCAUAAGCAUAUUGGGAUACAAACUGUUUCAUUUCCACAGCCUGCUAGUCAUAAGCAUAUUGAGAUAAAAACUGUUUCCUUUCCACAGCCUGCUAGUCAUAAGCAUAUUGGAUACAAACUGUUUCCUUUCCACAGCCUACUAGUCAUAAGCAUAUUGGAUACAAACUGUUUCCUUUCCACAGCCUACUAGUCAUAAGCAUAUUGAGAUACAAACUGUUUUCUUUCCACAGCCUGCUAGUCAUAAGCAUAUUGGGAUAAGAACUCGUUAGGUGUGCUUUUUUGAUAAAUUCAAAAACUAAUUUCUCUAACUACCUUAGUGAUUUGUGCUAUAAAGUAUAUAUUUUUGGAAAGGGGAUUAUAUUCUCCACCUCCAAAUCUUAGUACAUUUGCAUGUAGAUGAAAUUUGAAUAUUAAAAUUAUUAAGCAAUUAAGUGUGUUUUCACAUUCAUUCAUGGGUGGUCCCAACCCCUUCUAUAUCCUAUAUCUCCCAGACAAUUUAAAAUAUUUAAAUAAAAAAUUGUAUCCCAAAGAGACGAUACUAAACUUGAACAAAUACAUUUAAUUCUUCAGGGUUUUGAUUUUUUUUUCGGCUUGGAGUGUCUUAAGAUUGUAAAUUUUACCAAAACUUCCUGGUAGUGGACAAUGUCUGUUGGUUACAUAUAUUAGGCAGUGUUUUAAUCACUCGAUAGUUCUGUCAGUUUAAACAUACAGUCAUAUGCUGAGUUAUUAAAUUGAAUUAGGAACCGGUGUGUAUAUGAGCAUAAUACUAAUUGUUAUAUCAUUCUGGUUACACAUACUGCAUUGCACUUAUGAGCCAACAGUAUCCAACCAGCAAAUCUACUUUAAAUCAUUGUUGUAACUAUCCUGCCAUAUGUGCAUCUUACAUAGACACCACACUCGGGGAACAUUACAAUAGUAAUCUCUAGACCUGUGUGUUGACCUUCAAAUCUCACAAUGAUUCUGAAUGUAAGACUGUGUAUUUGCUACAAAUUAAACACUGCCACAUGAUUUCUUUUAUAAUAAAACAUUAUUAAAAUAAUUAUUUCAAUUGCCAUUUUUGUAACAUGUACUGUAACAGUAGCUAUUUAAUUUGUGUGUGUUUCAACAGUUCUCUUGAGCAUCAAAAGGCUGACUGGAUAGGAAUCCAUGAAAAAAUAUGUGACAAAUUGGCAUUUCUAAGACAAGCCACACCAUUUUUACCCUCCAAGGAGGAAAGAGAUAAGAGGCAAAGUCAAGUACAGUCAAUGAAGGUACAAUAUUUUUUAUUUAAAUAGCAUAUACCCAUUUUAUUGCAGCUUUGCCCUGAUGUAGCAGAUGUUCAUUAUCUCAUUUUGAAGCUUGUUAUGAAAAAAUUUAUCUCUCAAUCACAUUGUUUUUUAUAUUAAUUCUGUUAAUCACGCCAUUCUUUCUUAGCUUUACUUUCACAAAACUCUUCAUGUUGUGCUAGAACAAAUUUGAAAAAAAAUAUUAUAAGGGGUUCACCAUCACUGGCAAUUUCAAUACAUUAAAUUCUAUUCUACAAUUUUAGAUUUAUGGCACUAAUCCUAUGCUUUUAAUAUUUGAUUUUUGUUUUCAGAUUGAUCUGAUUGAAAUGUCAAGGACAUUGGCUCAGAAAAUGUUGUUUGAAGGAAAACAUGAGCUGUCAGUGCCAGCAGCCAUGCAGUCUCUUAGGUACUCCAUAGAAGUUUAUGGGGUUGCCACUAUAGAACUUGUCCCAUCUUACCUUGUAUUGGGAGAAGCUUGUGUUGGUAAGUUUCAAAUCCUCCCUUUAGCACUUUUGGCCAGAAUUAACUUGUAAAUAAUUUGAAUCAGAAAUGUUUUGACAUUUAAUCAGUGUGAACCCAGAAGAGCCAGAUAAAACAUUUAUCUUAAAUCUAAAAAAAAAAAUCCAUUUGUUCUUUACCUGCUAAAGCUUUUUCUUAUAUGUUCAGAAGCUGCUGAAAUCUCAAUUAGGAAAUAUCUUCCGAAAAGCCAGUACACCCCACUGUCUUUCAUCCCCCAACAACUGGAAACAAAACAAAUAUAACAUCCAUCCUCCUGAAAAAUGCAUGCAUUUCAUGAAGUAAAACUGCAUCAUAUGUAAUGUAACAACUGAUUUUAUUAUACAACACAAACAUUUAUGUAUCUAGCCUUAACAAAAGGAUUUAUGUCAAUAAACAUGUAUUUUAUUCUACAACACAGACCUUAAUAAGCUAGCUCUAACAAAAUGAAUUUUUUGUUGCCAGGAUUAGGCAAGUUGACAGAGGCUGAGGACUACUUAGCUAAGGCCCAGUGGACAGUUCUGAAGACAACAGACUGUCCAAGGGCUAUCAAGUCUAAAUUGAACAGAAACUUGGGUCUUCUUUAUGCUGCCAAAGGAGACUUCCAAGAAUCUCUGGUUAACUUUGCUGAUGAUGUAUGUGUCUUAAAGCAUUAAUACCUAUUGCAUCAAUUUGGGGGAGGGGGGGUGUUAAAUGAAAAAAAAAAAUAAGUGGGGAGCAAAGCCAUUUUCAUUGAACAUCAUUUUGCAAGAAUAAAAUAGGCAAAGGGAAUUAUUUUAAAAAAAAUCAUAUGCACAGUCCAUCCAAGGGGGGACAAAUGUGCUUCCAUUGAAGCCAACUUCAAAUAAAUAAAUGUUUAAAGUUGCUAAGAAAGUUCCUAAAAUUCUUUCAAUAUCACAUAUAUAUUUAAGCGGUUAUAAAAAAAAAUGAAUCUUCCAAUCAAAAUUAAAACACUUGGCAUUAGAUAUUCUCAGAAUAAAAAUUUCUUGUAAGAUAUUUUGCUGGCAAGAUAAAUUCAGGUGUUUUUAACUUUCUGUCUAGAUUUAUCAUGCGUCUGAAGAGUUUGGCACGGACAGCAUACGUACAUCAGGAGGAUACUUCCACAUGGCCAAUGUUUUCUUUAGACAGGGAAAAAUGGAAGUGGCAGAUUCUCUUUAUAGGCAGGUAGGAGGUUGCCCAAACUGUUUUCUCAUGAGUGAAAUGACAUGUAGCAUUAUUCAAUCAUAUUUUACUACUUUAAAAAAUCAGGUUAUCACCAAAUGCGGAUUUCUUUUUUGGAAAAUGAUUUUAAGGACCUUCAAUUUUUUGCCAUGAAACUGAGAGAAUUUAUGCAAGCUACAUUAACUUGUUUAGAAAUUAAUAAUACAAAUUAUUUCUCUGCAGCCUCACUCUUGAAGUAGUAGCAGAUAUAAAGUUUGUGUGUAAAAAAAAAAAGUGUGUGGGGGGGGGUGUCACAAAUCAGAUUAUCCCUUCAUGUUUUGUUGUUUUAAAAGCUGGUAAAAAGUCCAUUUGAAUGAUUAAAAUAACAAAGAGACAGACAAUUACUGAAGGGAUAGAGAAAUGAUGUACAGUUUUUAAAACAUCCUAAGAAGAGGGACACAUUGUGUAACGAUUAAAACAGUCUGUUAAAAAUGUUUAACAUAUGUUGAUCUCUUCUUUUAAAUCAUUGCUCUUUAAAACACAUCUGUUGCGGUUUAUAACACAGUCCCAAUCCACAAGUGGUUAGCAAUUAAAUAUUUGAUUAUUAUUGGCAUCAAGAUUGUCUUGUUCCCUUUAAUAUGUCACCUCACUCCGCCAUCAUUUUUCAUUUUCUUUUCUACGUUUCAGGUGGUCAAUAUUUGGCAUGACCACUUAUCUGACAUCAUAAGAAAAAAAGUUCCAUCAGAAGAAGAGGCUGCCAAGUCAAGAUCAAGGAUGAUUGGUCCAGUGAAAGGAUUGUUUGAAGACAUAUCCAGUGGACUAGGUAAAACUCAUAACAGAAGUUUCUUCUUGGUACAAAUUUAAUACUUUAUUUAAUUGAAAUUUGAUUCAUAUCUAAUUCCUUAGCUAAAAAAAAUCAAUAAACUUCAUUGCUUUAAUUGUUCAAAUUUAUUCAAAUAUACAGACUUCAAGACUUUUCUGAAGAUUUUUUUCUCUUGGUUAUUUUUACUCUCAUUUUAUUAUGCUAAUCAAUAUUAUAUCUUUAAAGCUUAACCCCCCCAUCUUGGUAACCAUAGGUAUUUCUUUAGAGUACAUGUACACAUUAUUCAGUCUUCACAAACAGAUGCUGCUCAGGAUGCUGAAGCCAUUCAAAUUCUCAGCUCAAUCUAUGAUAUCCGGGAGCACCAGAUCAGCAGACAAGCUCAGGAUCUUACCCGAACAUGUCAUGCAAUGGCCAUGUUGUAUUUUGUACUAGGGGAAAUAAAAAAGGUAAUCAAUAAUACACCAAAUAAUAGGACACCCAAAGCCUCUCCAGGAUGGGACUCAUAAUAAGUAAUCACUGAGUUUUACUUAAGAAGCUACAUAUCAUCUCUUAAAGAAAGAUAGCUGCAUUAGGCAAAGGCAACCUUUUCAGUAAAGGAAACACAUUUUAACCAAAGUAUACACAAAAAGCUAAAUAAAAAGAAACUAAAUAAUCAAAAUGUAUUAUGCAUUAUAAAAUUUAAUUUAUAUUUCAGCCUUACCUUCAAUUUUCAUUUUUUUUAGCAUACCAGCAAAAUUGUAUAAUUUAGUCUCUAUACUUAGAAAAAAAAAUAGUUUGUUCUAAUUUCUUCUAACCAGGCUAAAGAGUUUGGCCGUAAAGCAAUUGUUGCAAGUGAUCAAGUCAAAGACGAUGACUUAUCAAAAUCAUUAGUUGAAUUUAUGAAGCUGUGUGAGCGACAAGGACCUAGCAGCUAAACACAAGUUUAACAAGCUAGUCUUUGGACUUAAAUUCCAACCACCUUACAGUUAGACGCAAGUUUUGACCUUAUUGUCAUAAUAUCUGAAAAAUUUUGCUCCUUACAAAUUUAUGCAUUUUUACUAGAAAUUAUUGUUUAUGGAAAUUCUUUCCUUCAAUUUUAAAAUAAUAGUUUUUAUUUAUUCACGUAUAAGGCCUAAUUAUUUCAAAAUGGUGUGUCUAAAUUCAAUUGUAAAGAAAUUAGAUAAAUGUUUUGUCUAUUGAAUUGUGAAGACUUUUGAUAAGUUAUAUGUAUAUAGUUUAAUUUCUUUUUUAAGACUUGAUUAUGACAAUACUCUGACAAUUUAGUUUAAAAGAUUUUAUUGACAAUAAUGACUGGUAAAGUUCAGUUUAAAAAAAUGAGUUGUAUAUAUGAUACAUUUUUGUAAAAUAUAAUUGAUCCUUUCUUAAAUACCAUAAAGUUUGGUAAAAUAAUUUGUAAAGUUUCUUUCAAGAUAUUUUGUUGGAUAAAUUUAAUAUAUAUUAUUUAAAUAACACUGCUUUAAUUGUUAGCUUUAUUUGAUGAUAAAAAACAAGAGAGUGAGAGGGCUUUCAUACUCUCUCCUUUUACCCCUGAUCAGUUACACAAAUGCAAAAAAAGUGAUAAGAUAAAUCGAUCAUUAAUUGAAAGAAGGCGUAAUAUAUAUUUCAUUAAGUUAUUAAAGAACUUUAAAACUAAGCCAGUGGUUCCCAAAAUAGGAUGGUUUUGAACAAUUUUGGUACUUCAGUCCAGCUCUGGUGGAAAGAUUAUUUGUCAUACUUUGCUUAUACAAACAUAAUAAUAUGUACAUUUAUUUAAUGUCAUGAAUGUUUUGAAAUUGCUGCAGUUUGAGAAUUCAGCUGUUGAAUUUUUCUAAAUAUACUACCAUAAUUUUUUGUGUAUCUUUAAUGUAUCUGAAUUUUACGUAAGUUUAUUAAUAUUUUAUUGUUCAGCCAGAUGACUCAAAAACAGAUUUAAAUUUAAAAAAGCUUUAAGCUCAAAAAAAAUUUUUUUGGUAAAAUUAAUGUGCUGAAUAACGUUUUAUAAAAUGAUAGUUUUACUGGCCAACAACUUAACAAGUCAACAGCUUUAUGGCACAGAAAAGACAAACAUCAAUAGGUAAGAUAAAAAAAGAAAAACUCCCUCGCCACAUGAGUUGCAAGAAAGAUUAUUUUAUUUUGUACUGAUUAUGGUAAGUCCACAUGCACCAAGUGACCAAAGUGUUUUAUUGCACAUAAAUUACUGCUGCACGUGUAAAACAUCUGCACAAUUGAUCCAGGAUAAAUAGUGUAGUAUUGCACAUAAGAUUAUUGUUGCAAGUGUAAUACAGUGCAAAAGUGAACCAGGAUACACAGUGUCAUAAAAGAACAUCAAGUUAUUAGUUGCACAUGCCUAUAUCUUGCUUUUUAAAGAGAAAAAUUAUUGGAAAUCCUUUUUAGGAACUCUUUGGUUUUGUUCUGGAAUUUUUUAAAAAUAAAUGUUCAUGGUAAAAUCAAAAAAGGUGUUUAAAUUUUCUAAUAAUGUGAUUAGUUCAGAUUAUCGAUAUAUAUAUUUUUUUGCGCACAUGAUUUAUUUGAAUAAUAUAUAGAAAAAAUGGAAAUCUCUCUAGUGUAAGUAUAGUGAUACUUUUAUUUGUUUGUUGACUUGGCUGUAAGACCAAACAUGAUUAUAAUCAAGAUGCGAUCACUGUUUCAUUACUUAUGUUCAUAUAACAUUUCAAUAUGAAAUGUUUGUGGGAGAAUUCUCCCAAAAGCCAAAAAUUAUUUCCAUGAGGAAGAGUUUACAAACAACAUGACCUAAAAUAAUCAAUUUAUUUAUUUUUAAAAAAAUUAAAUUUGCACGGAAUAUUAUUGUUUACAAUUUUGCAAGGAAUUCAAAAUGUAAAAUUUAAAAAAAAAACAACUUCAAAAGUGUUACCUGCUCCAGAAAUCAUCAACAUCCUUAUUUUGCUAUAUUAAUAAAUUAACUAUGAACAUAAUAUGGAAAAAAGCUAUAUUUAUUUUGAAUAAAUUUUUAUAAAAUAUGAGCUUAAUCUAGUUAGCUCUAUUUAUUUACUUU